CCGAGUCCUGCAUGCUCCUCGAAAGCCUCGCUGGACAGGGUGAUGGAUACGGAAGGUUGUUUGUCUUUUUCCUCGCCGCCAAACAGGACAACGCCAGAGAACUCGCCGAAUUUGGAGCAUAGUUCUGGCUCUUUCUUCCCCUGCGAGGAGCUGCAGAAAGUUCCGCAUCUUCCUCCUCACUCGCAUCGGCUGGGCUUGCGGGGAGACUUCUACGAUUCGCCCAAUGUCGGACGUUUUCCAGACGACUCCACGGACUUUACGCACGGCGUUCCAGGCUCGAAUGCUCGGGCAUCGCCGGGGAAACACAGCAAAUACCUGGAAAAUAUGAGCCAGGAUCAAAAAAGCAUAUCUUUAGGCGGAAAAACAUCAUUUUAUGAAAGCAGCCCAGAAGGUGACAAGUCCCUAUCUAAGCCGCUGGGCUACCCCUCCUCACUGGACACAGACUGCUGCGGUAAGCUGAAGGAGCCCAAUGGCCUGUCGGUGUCGGGGAGCCUGGGCAGCGGCGACUCCAUCUCCAUCGCGGACUCCAUCGACCUGUCAGGGAAGAACAAGAAGCGCCGCAACAGGACCACCUUCAGCACCUUCCAGCUGGAGGAGCUGGAGAAGGUGUUCCAGAAGACACACUACCCAGACGUGUACGCACGCGAGCAGCUCGCGCUCAGGACGGAGCUCACCGAGGCACGCGUGCAGGUGUGGUUCCAGAACCGGAGGGCCAAGUGGAGGAAGCGCGAGCGCUACGGGAAGAUCCAAGAGGUGCGCAACCACUUCGCAGCCACUUACGAUAUCUCCCUCCUACCUCGCUCUGACACGUAUCAGAUGCAGGGUAACUUGUGGCCCGGCGGCGCCAGCUCUGGCGGUGCCGGCGGCGCAUCAGGGCCGGGCUGCGUCCUGGGCCCCCCCGACAACAUGUCGUCUCCGUCCUGCAUGACCCCUUACUCGCACCCGCACGCCAACCUGCCGGGCUUCAUGGGCAUGUCCGCCUCCCCGCCGGGCCACCCACACCACCACCACCACCCCCACCACCCGGGCAUCAACGGCCUCUACUCCCUGCACGGCUUCCCUGGGGGCCUGGGCACACACUCCUUCGAGCCCAGCGGCGAGCCCGACUACAAGCCCUCGGGCCUGGUGGCACUGCGCAUGAAGGCCAAGGAGCCCGGCAGCCUGCUCUCAUGGCCCACAUGACCCCCACAGGUGACAUUGACCUAGACCUUGACCUUGACCUACACUCAGCAUGAUGAGCAACACGGAUUCAGGUGCAAUAAAAAGUGCCGUACAUUCCAAAUCACCUGGUUUUAUCUGUCCAAUUGGGGGAAAUCAUCAGGUCCCUUGGAAUAUGUUGCACUGGAUUGCAGCUUCUGAAUCCAGGUGACCUUGCCCUUGACCUUAACCUUGACCUUGACCUUGACGUCAGGGAUGGGCAGCCUGGAUUCAGAAACUGCCAUAGUACAAAGUAUAUUCCAAAUGACCUGGUUGUAUCUGUCCAAUUAUGGUAAUCACCAGGUCCUUUGCAAUAUGUGGCACUGGAUUUCUGAAUUCACGUUCCCCAUCACUGCUUGACAUGACCUUCAGAUGAACCCCCCACCCCCCCAACCCUAGGACUGGCUACUGUGACCCCACCUGGGCUGGCCGAUGUGAUGUGAUGACAGGACUAGCCAAUGAAACUCCGGUACUGGACCUCUUUGCAUGGGGCACCAUUUUCCUUUGGACUGAUCCGGUGAACAGGGUGCUUCUGCAUUGCAUUGCAUGAUUACACUUAAAAGGCGCUUUUAUCCAAAGCAUCUUACAGUUAUUAUUUUACAGGGUAUUGGUUACCAUCCCCGGAGCAGUGUGGGGUUAGGUGCCUUGCUCAAGGGCACUUCAGCCAUGGACGGAGGUUAUAGGAAGGGAAGGGAUUUGAACCUGCAACCACUUCCUGUUAGGCCAUGGC